UCAAGGGCGCCCAGAUAGAAACAGAUUUGGACCUCCGACGUGGCGCCAUGAAAAUCCAGCAACUGAGCCUGAUCUGCGCUGCGUUUGGUCUGAGUCUGCCAGAGAUUCCUGACCUGCCGGAUGUAGUUGAAAUUGUCGAAAACGCAAUCCAUGGAAAUUUUACCGCGCAGACCGUUGAGGAGCCAAAAGAGUUCCUUCCAACGAUUGCAGAAAUCAGAACCAUGACGGAUCAGGAAAGGGGUGACCGCUUCCAUUGGUUUCUUUGUGUUUUUCUCCUGGUCUUUCUUUGUGUUGUUAUCUCAGGGACCGUCAUCAUGGUCGUGGGAGCUGAAUUCAAAGCAUUCGGCUCGUACCAGGCUCUGGAUCGGACCGCCCCACUGAGCAAAGGGGCUCAGCUACGGCUGGUCAUGUUGAGCUUUGGUGGUACCGUCUUGUUGAGCUUCGCUGCAUGUCUGUGGAGCCUCCAGACAGGAAGGCUCUCCAAGACAUUCGGUUUGGCCUGGGAAGUUUAUUUGUUGCUGUUUUGUUGUGCCGCUGCUUCCCUUCUCAUCCAAGCUGUGCUGGCGGUGGCCUGGCUCAACAGAGGGGACCGCUUUGAUGCUACUGCCUUUGCCGUGGCGUCAUUUUCUUCCAUGGCUCCCUUUUUAUCUGAUCAGUCUGACACUUUAAAAGAUGUCAUUUUUGGAUGGCUUUGUUUGCAGUCACAACAGUUUUCCAUGAAGAUACUUGGCGUGUUGAGCUGGUCUUACUUAUUGGCCUCCCACGCUUGGUUCUUUUAUCUUGCAAGAUAUUCACGCCCUUUUCCCUAUGAAUUCGACCCAAAUUCGGGUGAUGCGCCGGGUGCAAACUGUUUUAACGAGCUGGCCACGAGUCACCUGUCAGUUUUGUUAAUCGCCCCAAAGGUCCCGGGUGAGUGGUCCGGAGGUUGCUGGGAAGGGAUUAUCCUCCCCACAAUCUACAAACAAGUGACAAAGAGCAAGCGCCACCACUUGCUCAUUGAGAAUGUGCCCCAGGCACUGAUGUCUGUCCUGUUUUUGGCUGUUGAAGGUGGAUCUUUUUUUGUCGCUGCCUUGAACCUAGUCAUACCCGGAGUACAGGUUGCUCUCACCUUUUCAUUGUUUAAGCCUGUGCGCGCGGCUGCGAUCCCGGCGCUGGGAAAGAGGCUCAGCCGAGCCAUGAAAAGUGGGAACACAGUGGCGGCCAAAGCAUUGUGGGAAGAGGCCGAAAUCGAGGGCGACAGACAGCUUUUCGCGGAGAUCCUGCCGCAUUUGACGUUCUUUCUGGAAGUAACGAAGCACUGCGGCUUCAUGAGCGAAGAGCUGAAGGAUCUCGACAUGCUCAGUCAUGAGGAGCUCGAUGCGCUGCAGUGCAUGGCAGCUGUGUUCGCAGGAAAGACCGAGUGCGGUCUCGACCACCGCAAGAUCGGCGAUUCCGGCGCCAAGGUUGUGGCGGAGGCUCUUAAGACCACCACAACGGAGGAGCUUGUCCUUAACAACAACGACAUCGGGGAGCAGGGUGCGGAGGCCCUGGCUGAAAGCCUUAAGAGCAACAAGAGAUUGAAGGGCCUUUGGCUCGAGAACAACCACAUCGGUGACCGUGGAGCUGAGGCCCUGGCUGAAGGCCUUAAGAGCAACGGAAGUUUGGGGUGGCUUGAGCUCCAGAACAACAACAUCGGUGACCGUGGAGCUGAGGCCCUGGCUGAAACCCUUGCGAGCACCGGAAGUUUGGGGUGGCUUGAGCUGGAGGACAACGACAUCGGUGACCGUGGCGCUGAGGCCCUGGCAGAAAGCCUCAAGAGCAACGGAAGUUUGCGGUGGCUCUUCCUCAACUCCAACAACUUCGGUGACUGUGGAGCUGAGGCCUUGGCCGCCGGGCUGCUGCAGAACCGAAGUCUCUGGAGACUUUCUCUCAGCGAAUUUGGGUCCAAUCUGUGGGGACCUUGGCCACCGGGCUUCCAGGCAUUGGAAGAGGCAGAGAAGAUCAAACAGGAGCGGGGCGAUGACUUCGAAAUCUGGUGGAUGUGAAACUGAGACGGGAAUGGGUCCGAGGGCUUGGCUGAAAGGAACAGCUUGGCAGCAGAAAGUUGACGGCGAAGGUGCCAUUGGACAUCCAGCAG